AGCUUGUCCAAGACACCUCCACUCCAAAUUUCGAAAUGUAUUUAAAAAAUGCGUAGGAACUGGGAAAGUUAGCAGCACUUCGAAAACCCCGGCAAAAACCUUUGAAAAAUUUCAUCUUUAACAAUGGAUUUGGACCCAGAAGAUGUUUUCAAAGACGAAGAAGACGACCUAGAUAACGAAUUCUUCCAGCAAAGUGAGAGUUCCAAAGAGUAUGUUGUUUACUUGGUCGAUGCUUCUCCGAAAAUGUUCAACACGACAUGUGCCGGUAAUGACCAAAAGGAUGAAACUCAUUUCCACACCGCUGUUAGCUGUGUUGCUGGAUCACUCAAGACUCAAAUCAUUAGUAGAUCGUAUGAUGAAGUUGCAAUUUGCUUCUUUAACACUAGGGAAAAGAAGAACUUGCAAGAUUUAAAUGGUGUUUUUGUUUUUAAUGUUGCUGAAAGGGAGCACCUAGACAGGCCUACAGCUAGGCUUAUUAAAGAAUUUGACUGUAUAGAAGAAUCAUUUAUGAGAGAAAUUGGGAGUCAGUAUGGUAUUGUUCCCGGGUCUCGGGAGAAUUCCCUUUAUAAUGCCCUCUGGGUUGCCCAAGCUCUUCUUCGUAAAGGGUCUAUUAAGACAGCUGAUAAGCGAAUUCUUCUCUUUACUAACGAAGAUGAUCCCUUUGGAAGUCUCCAGGAUGCUGCAAAAAAAGAUAUGACAAGAACUACAUUGCAGCGAGCUAAAGAUGCACAAGAUCUUGGAAUCUCAAUUGAACUUCUCCCUUUGAGUCGUCCGGAUUCAGAGUUCAAUGUUUCUACCUUCUAUGCUGAUUUGAUUGGGUUAGAUGGUGAGGAUCUUGCUCAAUUCAUGCCUUCUGCCAGCCAGAAAUUGGAAGAUAUGAAAGAUCAACUGAGAAAGCGUAUGUUCACAAAGCGAGUAGUUAGAAGGAUUGAAUUUCAGAUUGCCAAUGGACUGUCAAUUGAGCUGAAUACUUAUGCUUUAAUUCGUCCUACAGUUCCAGGGGCCAUUACAUGGCUUGAUUCUGUCACAAAUCAUCCUUUAAAGACUGAAAGAUCUUUGAUAUGUGAGGAUACUGGUGCACUGAUUCAGGAACCUCCUAAGCUCUUUCAGCCGUAUAGAAAUGAGAAUGUCAAGUUUUUACCAGAGGAAAUAGCUGAGAUAAAAAGAAUAUCACCCGGAAAACUUCGUCUUCUUGGAUUCAAGCCAUUAAGUUGCUUAAAAGAUUACUACAACUUGAGACCAUCCACGUUUGUAUACCCCAGUGACCAGGAAGUGGUGGGUAGCACCUGCAUUUUCAUUGCCUUGCAUAGAUCUAUGCUAAAGCACAAUCGUUUUGCAGUUGCAUAUUAUGGGGCCUCAUAUCAUCCUCAAUUAGUUGCCUUAGUUGCACAAGAUGAGAUUACCAGUGCUGGAGCUCAAAUGGAGCCGCCUGGAAUGCACAUGAUAUACCUUCCGUACGCUGAUGACAUCAGAGAUGAUGAAGAGAUAUUUCCAGAUACAGAAGAGGAUGCACCUCGAGCUGAUGAGGAUCAAAUUCAAAAAGCUGCUGCUUUAAUAAAACGUAUUUAUGUGAAGGAUUUUUCCGCUUUCCAAUUUGCUAACCCUGCUCUGCAGAGACAUUAUGCAGUAUUGCAGGCUCUAGCUUUAGCAGAAGAUGAUAUUCCAGAGACCAUUGAUGAGACAGCACCUGAUGAGGAAGGUUUGACUAGACCAGCAGUUGUUAGGGCAGCAGAAGCAUUUAAGCAUUCUGUUUAUGGGGACAGCUAUGAUGAGGAAAGUGACAUGGGUAAAGAAAAAAUGAGUGAGGCCUCUAGAAAACGUAAAGCUAUUGCAGAAAAUGCAGCUAAGGAUUAUGAUUGGGGUAACCUUGCAGACAAGGGGCAGUUGAAGAAUUUAACAGUAGGAGAUUUGAAAGUUUACUUAAAUGCCCACAACCUUCCUGUUAGUGGGAAGAAAGAAGCUUUAAUCAGCAGGAUCUUAACCCACAUGGGCAAAUGAGCAAAGGUGAAGCCGAUAAAAUAUUGAAGACCAGUAUCAGAUAAGCCACAAGUCCUACCACAUUAUGCAUGCUUCCUAUUCGAAUGCUAAAACUAGUUUGGCAUUUGCAUGAUGCUACUGUACUUUUCAAGGCUAAACAUCUCUUUUUGCGUUGACAUCAAAGCUUUUAUUGCGCAUAUUAGGUUUCGUUAGCUCAUCAAAAUUCGGCUUUUUGAUGAUGCUUUGUUUAGAUCAAGGAGAUUAGAUUUUAUUGUCAUUAUGACAAUGUGUGGACAUCAACUAGUAUCCAUGAUCCAUUUGUGUACAUUUGGCAAAGUUUUGCAUAUGUAAUGAAAGUAUCAUUUGAUCUGGUA